UCUUUCAUACACCACAUUAAGAACUAAUAGAUAUGGAUAUCGCUUUUACACACGUUUUUGUAUGGACGCUACUCGCCUUCGUGCUGACUUGGACGGUGUUCUACUUUACGAACAGGGGGAAGAAGGCAACGAAGUUGGCUGAUGCGGUGGUGGAAGAGCGAAAAGAUGGUGGUGCUGCCGACGUUAUCAUCGUUGGGGCUGGAGUUGGCGGCUCGGCUCUCGCAUAUGCUCUUGCUAAGGACGGACGUCGAGUACAUAUAAUAGAGAGGGACAUGAGAGAACCAGAGAGAAUGAUGGGUGAGUUUAUGCAACCAGGUGGACGACUCAUGCUUUCUAAGCUUGGCCUUGAAGAUUGUUUGGAAGACAUAGAUGCACAGAAAGCCACGGGCUUCGCGGUUUAUAAGGAUGGAAAAGAAGCAGUCGCUCCUUUUCCAGUGGAAAACAACAACUUUUCUUAUGAACCUUCUGCUCGAUCUUUUCACAAUGGCCGAUUUGUCCAGCAAUUGCGUCGAAAGGCUUCUUCUCUACCCAAUGUGCGCCUCGAAGAAGGAACGGUGAAGUCUUUAAUAGAAGAAAAAGGAGUGAUCAAAGGAGUGACAUACAAGAAUAAAGAAGGCGAAGAAACAAGAGCCUUGGCACCUCUCACUGUAGUAUGCGACGGUUGCUACUCAAACCUUCGUAGGUCUCUUAAUGACAACAAUGCGGAGAUUCUGUCGUACCUAGUUGGUUUCAUCUCCAAGAAUUGUCGACUUGAAGAACCCGAAAACUUACACUUGAUAUUGUCUAAACCUUCUUUCACCAUGGUAUAUCAAAUAAGCAGCACUGACGUUCGUUGUGGUUUUGAGGUUCUCCCCGAAAAUUUUCCUUCUAUUGCAAAUGGUGAAAUGUCUACUUUCAUGAAGAAUACUAUAGUUCCUCAGGUACCUCCAAAACUCCUCAAAAUAUUUUUGAAAGGAAUAGAUGAGGGAGCACAGAUAAAAGUCGUGCCAGCAAAGCGCAUGUCAGCUAGUUUAAGCAAGAAGAAAGGUGUGAUUGUAUUGGGAGAUGCAUUCAACAUGCGUCAUCCAGCAAUCGCAUCCGGAAUGAUGGUUUUACUAUCUGACAUUCUCAUUCUACGCCGUCUUCUCCAGCCAUUAAGCAACCUCGGCGAUGCUAACAAAGUCUCAGAAGUUAUCAAUUCGUUUUAUAGUAUUCGCAAGCCAAUGUCAGCGACGGUUAACACAUUAGGAAAUGCAUUUUCUCAAGUUCUAAUUGGAUCAACGGACGAAGCAAAAGAGGCAAUGAGACAGGGUGUCUAUGAUUACCUUUGUAGUGGCGGGUUUCGCACGUCAGGGAUGAUGGCUCUGCUCGGUGGCAUGAACCCUCGUCCGAUCUCUCUCAUCUAUCACCUAUGUGCUAUCACUCUAUCCUCCAUUGGCAAUCUGCUCUCUCCCUUUCCCUCUCCUCUUCGCAUUUGGCAUAGCCUCAAGCUUUUUGGUUUGGCUUUGAAAAUGUUGGUUCCUAAUCUCAAAGCUGAAGGAGUUAGCCAAAUGUUGUUUCCAGCAAAUGCAGCCGCGUAUCACAAAAGCUAUAUGGCCGCAACCGCUCUCUAAACAAUAUACAUGUAGCACGAAUCUUUGUGAUUGUGCAUUUGUGAAACCUGUAUUGUAGUGCUUAUAAAAUUAUUAGUAUGGA